UACGCAACCGUAGAGAAACUACAGGCAGAAACACAGGAGUUGCGGCCGAGCGUGCGCCUCAGUCGGGGCGUUAACCAUGCGUUCUUAGCGCGAGUUUACAAAGUUUGUUUGCAAUUUAAAAGCGUUUCGAGAACAAUAAAAAUGGCAAGUUCUAACGCGUUUAUAGCCGCGUUGGUGACGGUGCUGUUUGUAGCGAGGGGUUCCGAGGCUGUUAGAUGCUACCAAUGCAGUUCUGACCAAGAUGGCAAGGGGGAGGACAAUUGCGGGGCUUACAAAACAUUUAACACAGAACAAAACAUCGCCAUCGAAUGCAAUAGCGAGGAAUCGCACAUGCCUGGUUCAUUUUGUGUCAAAUUAGUACAGCAGUCGCCGAGGGGUUUCAUAUGGGAUGGAAGAUGGCGUCAAGUGAUUCGACGAUGCGCAUCGAUCUCGAGUACAGGUGUAACAGGGGUGUGCAAUUGGGGGGUUUACGAGAAUGGAAUUUAUUGGGAAGAGUGUUACUGCUCCGAAGACUCGUGCAACUCGGCACCAAACGUACAAAUAUCAGCUGCGAUCAUUGGAGUCACUGUAAUAGCAUUGAUUUCCAUUUUGAAGUAGCAUUUAGGGUAUAUUGAGAGAUAUACUUUGAAUCCUUAACUCCAUUUGCUUAUUAUGUACCUUUUAGCGCUUUUUACCUUUUACUAAUGGUAGUACCUUUUACGUGUAAUUACAUCGUAUGUAACGAUAGAUAUUAUCCACAUUCCGUCCAAUGGCAUCAUACGAGUACAUAAAGAGUUUUUUGUUUUUCAUUUUUCAAGUUUUUAUAUUGCAUAGAUAUGUAAGUAUAAAAUUUUAACUGUUUAUAUUAAAAGGACCUGAGCAUAGCUAUUCUUUUAUCGGCAUUAAAUGUCUAUUUAUCUAAUUUAUGAUCUUAGAUCACAUGAAAAAUGAAAUUUAUACAUCUAUAUUUACCUUCAUGGUAUAUGCCUUUAAUUUAAUUUUACAAAUAAUAUAUUUCUUACUUUCCAUUUACACAUAUUAUAUUUUGACCAUUAUUGUAACGUAUUCCGUCCACGAACAUAUGGUAACAAAAAGAAGAGACAUGAAAAUUUUAUACAUGUAUAUAUAUAUAUAUAUAUAUACACACAUAUAUACACAGUCUUUUAAGAGAAAAAUAAAUAAAUAAGCUCAA